AGAAGAGAAACGACCUUUGCAUUGAUCCAUUUCCGCUUUACAUCAUCGUCGCUUCUUCAUUCGAGAAGACAUCGCUUCAGCCUAGCAGAGAAACAUGUCGAGCCUCCUGAGGACCAUUGCUAACCGCGUUGCUCCCGUCCUGCGGGGACACACCGUCAUUCAGCGGGCUAAUCUCUACGCUGGCCCGGCCAAGGAAAAGAUUGGCACCGUUGAAACUAUCAUUGGAUUGAGCUUUUUCUCCAUGGCCAUUCUGGGACCAUCUGGAUGGAUCCUGGCCCACCUGGAGGACUACAAGAACAAAGAGUAAAAUGGACAUUUUAACAGUCUAACUGCAUCCAAGUCUCCCUUCUCCAAUGACAACCUGGGACCAUCCUGUUCUGCUGCAGAGAAGAAUAUGGAACACGUUUUAGCUUCACUCGUCUACCUCUGACAGUUCCACUCCACAUCCCAGAUGGAAACCAGCUGUUUACCAACACUGACUCUGAUACAUUGAAAAGUGUACUGUGGAUCUUCCCUCUUAAACAAUAUGUUACAAGAUUAAAUUUUAAACAACUAUGUUGCUAAAUGUGUAUAUUCAAUGUGUCUAUAUGCUUUGGAUACAGCUUUUUAUUUAAAUAUUACAGAUUCUUGUUUUUAGAUUUAAACUUGAUUUUUAGGAUGGAUUUGAUGUCCCCAUGUUUCAGGGUUUCAUGCUGAUAGAAGACUCUGUUUAGCGGGUUCCGCUGGUUGUCAGAAGAGCCUAAAACUAAUGCUGCUCAUAGAGGGCAAAAGGAUCAAAAAGGGAGAGUAAUGGGCAAAGACUUGCUGAUAAUUCUGCAGGUUAACCACACCGUCUGGAUAAAAUGAGGACACUCAUCAGCAGUAGUGAAAGAAGAUCUUUACUUAAAUAGAAGUAGCAAUGACACAAUGUAAAGAGAAACACAAGUAAAAGUCAAGCAUUUAAAAUCCACAGAACAAAAAGAUUAACAGCAAAAUGUACUCAAAAGUGAAAAUAGUCUUUAUGCAGAAGAGACGCUUUCACAGUGUUUCAUAUUACAUUACUGGAUGUUUUCUAAAUUUAAGGCAAUAAGGUACAGUAUAUUUCAAAAUGUCUUUUUACAAGUUUAACUAGUCACUAAAGCUUUACAUUGAC